AUGACAUCCCAGACGCUCCCGUCCGGUUGUGGGAUCUGCGGCAAGAAAGACGCCCAUCAAGUAUGCCCCAAGUGCAAUGUGAUGCCAUACUGCAGUCCGGAACACAGGAUCUUGGACCACCCCUCCCAUGGAUCCGUCUGUCAUCGCAUCAGCUUUUACAGGGACUACUAUUGGUCUUUCGAGGAUGAUGCUGACCCCAGCGAGGGGUCCGAGGAAGAAGAGUCUGAUUCUGAUGACAGUGGCUCUGACGAGGACGAUCAUAGCGAUGGAAUCCCACCACCCCUUGCAAUGAUGGAUGUACUUGCGGAUCUCCAUCAUGUGGAGUCCGUUACGGCUCAGCUUCUUCACAGUUUUGAUAUCUUGGGCAACUGCACCUAUUUGGCUCAGUCUAAGCACUCUCGCGUAGCGCAAAACGUUCCAGCACUGAUGCUGCGACUGGGUAAAGAUGAAGACUGUUACGGCUUUGUGAAACACGCUGCGGAUCUGCAGCAAGACUGGUGUAGGAAAGGCCGCCGCUGCUGCCAUCGCUUUUGGCUUCAGUAUUCCAAGACCGAGAAUGCGUUGGAGCCAUUCGACUAUACGAAUCAUGAAUUUCUGGAUAUUAGCCAUAUGGUCGCACUCACCCUCCUCAAGGUGAAGCUGCUGCUUGAUUUGAGGAAAAUGGACGAGUGUGCAGCUAUUGUGGGUCGCAGAGUUCCUGCUGAGAUCCUCUUGAUCAUUCAGUCGUUUGUACCUCUCAGCCCGAUUCUUUGCGGAAAUGAAAAGUUCGUGAGGAUCAGGGCUCGUCGGCAAAUGAUCAACGAAUUGGAUAGACAAAUCGAGGACCUAUACCAAAGGGUCAAGGGGGUACAUAAGAAUCUCUGGCGAUUUCUUGUGGGGUGGGACGCAGAUGAGGUUUAUCUCUGGAAAUAUGACGAGUGGCCAUUUCGGUGCAUUAUGGUUGAGAAUACCAGCUCGUGGGCUGAGACACCAGGGGCGAUUCAGUUUAUCGAGGCCAAGGUUUUGAAAGAGAGUAUGGACUCCUAG